CCCCCCCCCCCCCGCCAUGAUGGCGGUGGACAGCGGCUUCCCCCGCUCCCUCCGGGGCGCCAUCAAGCUGGCCCGGGCGCUGGUGGCGGGUGUCGCCUUCAUCUGCUUCAUCGCCUCCAGCGCCCCCGGGGCCUACACCUCCCUGGCCAUCAUGGAGGUGGCCAUCACCGGCCUCUUCUUCCUCCUCUACUUGCUAAAGCUCGACCAGAAGCUGAGCUGUCUCUUCUGGCCCUUGGCGGAUGUUUUCAACUCGGUGAUCGCGGCGGUGUUCCUCCUCAUCGUCUGCCUGUGUGCAGUAAUCCUGGGGACCAACACGGGGACGCUGGCCGGAGGAGUGUUUGGUCUUAUGCUGCUUGUUCUCUGUGUUGUUGAUGCGGCUCUUCUUUCCCGGAAGAUUAGCAUUGAUGGACCAAGAGGGACGAAUACUCCUGCCAAAUAAGAUCACCAUUUUUGUAGUAAAAGAACAAUUUCUGCAUCGACGACUGUUCUGCUGUUCUCUUUUAAAGAAUUUGUAUUUUCAUGUGGUUACCUUUGGAUUUCUGGUGCACUGACGUACCAUUUUGAAGGUGCUGUUCCUAAAUUUUCUUAUAUUUAGGGAUGUAGUUUCAGCGUUGCAAUUCCACCAGCGUGAGCUUCACGGAAAACGCUCCUGUUUUUCUUAACUGGUUUAUUUACAUUCUUACCUGUGGGAAAACUAUUUUCACGAUUGCCUUCUUUCUGUAAUAAAAAAAGAAAAUGCAAUUUU